UGUGGAUGUUCUUGCUGUGUCCCUGCAGGGGUCACACAGGAGCUCCCAGCCCCUCUGCACUGCUGGCACUGCUCUGCAGGACUCUCUGCUUGUUUGCUUUUGCACUGCAGUGCUCAGGGAGGGAAAACCCUUUGGCUGUGCAGACCAGAGGUGAAACUGUGUGUGCUGCAGUUGGGUUCCUUCAGAGCAGUGGCCUGGCCGGAUUUCACAGAUUUCUGCUUGUUGUGUUGCAGUACAAAGGAAAUGAGGAUGGCGAGACAGUUAUCAUCGAGAAAGACCAUUUCAUGGAUGACUUCUUCCAGCAGGUUGAGGAAAUUAGAAAUAAUAUAGCAAAAAUAGCACAAAAUGUGGAAGAAGUGAAGAAGCAACACAGCAUUAUCCUGUCGGCACCAAAUCCUGAAGGAAGAACAAAGGAAGAACUUGAAGAACUAAAUGAGGAAAUAAAGAAGCUUGCUAAUAAAAUCCGGGCCAGGCUAAAGGCUAUUGAGCAGAGUUUUGAUCAGGGUGAGAAUGCCAAUCGUACAUCAGUGGACCUCAGGAUCAGGAAAACACAGCACUCGGUGCUGGCACACAAGUUUGUGGAGGUGAUGACCGAGUACAACGAGACGCAGACGCUGUUCCGGGAGCGCAGCAAGGGCCGGAUCCAGAGGCAGCUGGAGAUCACUGGGAAGACCACCACAGAUGAGGAGCUGGAGGAGAUGUUGGAGAGUGGCAAUCCUUCCAUUUUCACCUCUGAUAUCAUCUCAGACUCCCAGAUCACCAGGCAGGCCCUGAACGAGAUCGAGUCCCGCCACAAGGACAUCAUGAAGCUGGAGUCCAGCAUCCGGGAGCUGCACGAGAUGUUCAUGGACAUGGCCAUGUUUGUGGAGACCCAGGGUGAAAUGAUCAACAACAUCGAGAAGAACGUGAUGAACGCCACGGAUUACGUGGAGCAUGCCAAGGAGGAGACGAAGAAGGCUGUCAAGUACCAGAGCAAGGCACGCAGGAAACUGAUGUUCAUAAUAAUCUGUGUAACUGUAUUGCUUCUGAUACUUGGAAUUAUCCUAGCAACAACUCUGUCCUAGCAAGCACAUUCCAAGAGUCACCAACCUUCAGGAACUCCAGAGCAGCUGCAGUGAACCCAGCCUUUCCACAGACCAUGGCACUGCCCCACGGUGAUCACCCGUCACUGAUGGUUAAACGAGAAAGCAAAACCACUCCUCAUGUUUACUCACACGUGAGAUCAGGAUGUUUUAGGCUGGGUGUGGAUUUUACAUCACAAACUAAACACUUGUAAGACUGAAACUUUGCUAAAGGAACUUAGGGUUUUUUCACAUCUCAGUGUUAUAGUUGAAAUAGGGAGUUGAGAGAUGAUUGAGUUUGGACUGUUUUGGCUUUUUUCCUAUUGCUAACCUGACUCUAAUCAUGACUAUAAGUACCUUGCCAGUGCUGCCUUUGUUAGCACUCUUGUGAAUAUUUUUAUGAGAUGUAGCCUUGUGUUUAAGUGUAUUCAUUAUUUAGUCACCUUAACCUAUUUAAACUUUGUGCUCUUUCUCCAACAAGUGCUAAAAUAUUUUAUCCUGAAAAGACUACUCAUUUAAUUGCCCUAGUGCAUUACACUUGAGAAGAAAAAAGAAAAAAAGCUUUUUUACACUUGCCAGUUUUUUUAUUUUUUUCUUUCAAGGUUAAUUGCUUUAAAUACUCCUUCAUGGUUAAUAAAAAUUUAGUUGCAACAUUUCUGGUAAAAGCAUACAGCUCUGAAAUGCUGAAUUUGCACCUGAGCAGGUAAUUUUACAGGUAAUUCUUUGCAAAGGAGACUGAUGGAUCAGUUUAGCCUUACUGCUUAUAUGGAUAUGACACAAAUGACUUUCUGAAGCCAAAUCAAGUUCUCUUGUUCUGGAGUUUGCUGAUGUUGAUGUGUGAGUGCAGCACAUACACAGAAGAUCCAAACUAAGACACUGAAGUGUUAGGAAGUGGCUCUGACAUGGAUGAAGUGUUUUGGUGCACACUUGCUGUUGUGGUGCCAGCUUGCACAGCUUGGAAGCUUCAAAGAGUUCACAAGUACCCAAAUAACUGCAUUUGAUGUUACAGGUUAUUUUUGUAUUUUUGUGUGUAAAGUAUUUGUAACUUAGUUUGUGACUCCUCAUUGUUUAAGCAUAUCCAUGUAGAUAUGUAGAUACAUUUACACUCAAAGAGAAAUAGAGGAGAGGAUAACUUGUGCCUUUUUAAACAUAGUCUAAAAGAUACUCAUCAAUGUUUUCAGAUAUUCACCUCUCAGUUGACUGCAGUAACUCAGUCCUACAAGUUUAGAAUCCUUAAACUUAGGUUUUGUUGGAAGUGUCUGAGAUCAGAGUUACUCAGUAAGUGAGAAUUCAGACUUCAUAACGUUCAGCAAAGUUUACAAUUUCUAUUGUAUGUAUGACUAUUCCUGCUUUGCUGUCCAGGUGUACUGUGAAUAUGCUGGAGCUAUUCAGAUGUCAAACAUGGUUCAAAAAGAAAGCAAAUAUUGUUGCUAUUAUUAUUAUUAUUAUUGGUCUCUUUACAAGUCAGCCAUAAAGAAGUCACUUGAAAAAAAUUGGCUUCAACAAUGAACAAAUUUCUUUUACCUCUGAGUCCAGAAUGCUCACUGAUGUUUGUGAGGAAGUUUACAUGCAAAGGAAGGAAGGAUUGGUUGCCUUAAUGCUCAUUCUAGGUAAAUAUUUUUUAUUCUGUAGUUUUCUAGAUUCUUAUCAGUAAAUAUUAUUUAUACAUAUAUGCAAAUUAGAUGGGGGAAGAAUGGCUCCUGCUGUUCAGCAGCUGGGUGUGUGAACUGACCCUCAAAAUCCUGUCAUGUUGGAUUCCUUUCUCUGCAAUGCAGUAAUGUGCCCAUCAACAGCAGAAAUUUCAGCAGGCUACUCCACAGUUUUUACUUCUUGUUGAACAGCUGCCUCAGAGAGUUUGUUUUACAGCAAAACAGACCUUUUCACAUGAACCUCUUUGUCUGGAGGUUGGAGGGGAGUAAAUCUCUAAGCUAUGCACUAAUAAACUCAUCC